AUGGGGGAGGCGCCGAGCAGUCCUCAACUGUACAAGCAAGCCGAUUGGCUCAAUCAUUCUCUUAUUGUGCUGGCAGGCCUGGGGUCCUUCAUCAAAGGGUCGAGGAAUAUGAGCAAGGAUCCAUCUGUACAGAUAUCAUCAUCUACGUCCAGAAAGCCGUAUACUUUGGAAGAAGCUUGUAUAGUUUGGGAAGGGGUUUUUAUUGAUCAAAAAGAAGAAUCUACUUCAACCGAUUUGCCUUUAGGCAGGGUUAUACAUAACAUAGAAAUCACACUUGGAAAGGGUGGACAAUUAGCUAGAGUAGCAGGUGCUAUAGCGAAACUGAUUGCAAAAGAGGAGAAAUCGGCCACAUUAAAAUUACCUUUUGGGGAAGUCCGUUUGAUAUCUAAAAACUGCUCAGCAACAAUCGGACAAGUUGGAAAUGUUGGGGUGAACCAGAAAAGUUUGGGUAGAGCCGGAUCUAAAUGUUGGCUAGGUAAGCCUCCUGUAGUAAGAGGAGUGAUUAUGAACCUUGUAGACCAUCCCCAUGGGUGUGAUGAAGGGAGUGCCCCAGUUGGUAGAAAAAAACCCACAACCCCUCGGGGUUAUCCUGCACUUGGAAGAAGAAGUAGAAAAAGGAAUAAAUAUAGUGAUAAUUUGAUUCUUCGUCGCCGUAGUAAAUAGGAGAGAAAAUGGAAUUUAUUUCUUUGUUAAAAAAAAAAAAAAAAAAAAAAAAAAAGUGGAGUAAGCUGUGACACUUUCACUAAAAUAAAACUCUUUUAUAGCAAAUCAUUUAUUAAAAAAAAAGAGAGGUUAAAAUCACAAAACCCCCCUAUAGUUUCAAAACUAUACAUAAAACUCCCAAUAGAAUCAAAUAGGUCCCUCAACUAACAAAACCGAUCAUUUUACCCCAAACCCGUGAUUGACCCGUUAAUUGGAUUGCGAAAUGACAAAUUUGACCUUAGUAUUUAAUAAUUAAAUUAAAAUUUAAAAAUCAUUUUUGUAAGUGACUAUUUUACCCUUUCAUUAUUUAGUCCAAAUUAACGUAUAGCUUAUAUACUUAUAUCCACAUAUAUAUAUAUAUAUCAAUACUCAGAUUCCACCCACUCAACUACGUCAUUUUGUCACCAAACAGGCAAACAUUUUCCUUCCUCAUUGAUUUCAGGCACAACUUAUAUACAUAUAUCCACACACACACACACAUAUAUAUAUAUAUCAAUACUCAGAUUCCACCUUAUUCUUCUUAAAAUAGAAUCUUGUGGCUGUAUAUAUCAAUAAUCAGACUCCACCCAGACCACCCACCGACUGAUGUGAAGCUCGCCGUGGGCAAAUGAAGCAAGAUUGUCGGCAAAGAAGAGGUGACAACUAGAAAUGCCGAACAGGGUGAGGGUUGUUUUGACGAUGGUUAAGAUAAGAGAGGAUCCCGGCGAUGAUGGCUUCACUAUUCCGGCAAGGUGAAGUAUUGUUCACUAUAUUGCAAGUAUGUUCUGACACCAAUCCUGGAGUUAGUCUUCGUUUUCUGGCAAGUGAAUACCACCAUGGACGCGUACAACUCGGACUGCAAGCGGAGCGCAGAGAUGCUGUUUGAUAACUAGAUCGGAGAUACAGUCUGCUCUGAGUGCGGUCUGCUCCUCAACGCACUCCAUCCUCCGAGUGCGGUCUACUCCUCAAUUCGCACUCCAUCUACGAUUCCUCGCCUCUGAACACAGAACCAUCACCAACGAAUCCAGUGACGACUUGGUUCUUGUCGAAGGACCCCACCAACUCUCUUCUCACCGACGGUGAUCUCUCCACCUUCUUUUAGAACUUCGAAACCAAACCUUUCUUCAAUUUCAUACUUUUUUUGCUCCAAAAUCUUUUCCGGUGUAUAGGGUAUUUGAAGGUCUCUUCUAGGUUUUGUUAAUAAUCUUCUUGGGUCUUGUAAUAUUAUUAUUAUUAUAUAUAUAUAUAUACACUGUAUAUAUCAUGAUUAUAUGGGCGGCCUUUAAAUUUUUGUCAGCAACCCAGCGGCGAAGAAACCCUCUUCCAAUCAUUGUUUUCGCCGCCAUUGCUGUUGUCUAACCCUGAUCUAUCUUCAGGGAUAUUUUUGUAACUUAAAAUAAUUUUUAGUGUUUAAUAUAAUAUUAGAAGUCAAGGUCAAAUUUGACAUUUCACCGUCUAAUUAAUGGGUCGAUUGCGGGUUUGGGGUAAAAUGAUGGGUUUUGUUAGUUGAGGGACAUAUUUAAUUCUAUUAGGGGUUUUAUGUACAGUUUUGAAAGCAUAGGGGGGUUUUGUGAUUUUAGCCCAAAAAAAAAAAUUGAUUAGCUUAACACAAAAGUGGAAAAAGUAAUAAUAGUAACUUGGUCCCGAGCAUCUACCAUUAUACCUACUACAAUGAUCGGGCAUAUUAUUGCUAUACAUAAUGGCAGGGAACAUUUGCCUAUUUAUAUAACAGAUCGUAUGGUUGGACACAAAUUAGGAAAAUUUGCGCCUACUUUAAAUUUCCGAGGACAUGCAAAUAGCGAUUAAUAAAAUUAAUAUAAAUGCUUAUCGUUCAUUAGUAAGAGGAAAAUUUAUGCUAAGGAAGAAAAAAGUAAGAGUAUACACCUUCGGUCGAUAUAUGUCUAUGUUUGCUCACAAAGUGCGAAGAGUAAUACGUGGACGUUCAUAUGAAGAAACACAUAUGAUGCUAGAACUCAUGCCUUAUCGAGCAUGUUAUCCCAUUUUUAAAUUGGUUUAUUCUGCAGCAACAAAUGCCACUUACAGUCUAGGUUCCAAUGAAACAAAUUUAGUCAUUAAUAAAGCUGAAGUCAACAAGGGUACUACCGUUAAGAAAUUAAAACCUAGAGCUCGAGGCCGUAGUUAUCUAAUAAAAAGACCUACUUGCUAUGAAGCACCGACACUUGGGAAUGGGCUGUCGUACCAGUGUCGGACACGUGUCCGAGGCUCCAACACAUGUCUAACACCUCUGUAGAGGUGUCAUAUUUUUUAAUCUGUUUUUUCAUGCCGGACACGGCGAAGGACACAGCGGCGAUACGCAUAGGACACGAGUUCAAAUUUUUUGUCAAAGAAAAAAAAGGAUAAAGAGAUAUAUACAUGUAUAUGGUUGUGUGUAUUCAUAGAAAGACAGAUUGAGGGAGAGAGAUGAAGGAGAUAGAAAGUCCAGGAGAAGAGAGAACUUGCAUUUUCAGACUCUUGGCCGAUGAAAAGCUUCGAAAAUAGGUUGCUUUUUUGCUAUCAAUUCCUGUUAGAAGCAUAUGCUUCCCCUCUGUCGUCUCGUUCCCUAAAGUUAACCAUGUAAAAAAAGGUAAUAAAAACCUUAGGGAAGAAAGAAGUGAUAAGAUUGCAAUCUUAUCUUUUAGAACCGGUUAUAAGAAUAAUAAUUUUACUUUUAGUUACAAAUAUGUACCUCCUAUUUUUUGUUUAUAUU